AUGCUAGCUGAUAGGAGAUCUUUGAGGUUUCAAACUGGGUUUGAAAAUUUCCUCCAAUUUGCAUCAGCAAAUGUUGUUGACAAAUCAAGUAUACGUUGUCCUUGUCUGAAGUGUUGUAACCACCAUGAAUUCACCAUUGGUGUUAUCGAGGGCCAUGUAUAUUUCAAUGGCAUUAUGACCAAUUACAAGAAAUGGUCACUUCAUGGUGAAACUUCUGCCGGGGAAGGCAAUAAUGAUGAAGAGUCUGAAUCAGUAGAUAUGCCUGAGGUUGAAGACGGUGAUGAAAGUGAGGGUGAGGAGAUGUCUUGUGACUCAGAUGAGUUCCUUAGGCUCGUAGAAGAUGGAGAUAAAGCUUUGUAUCCGGGGUGUACAAAGUCAACAAAAUUGAACGCUCUUGUAGAAAUGUUCAAUUUGAAAGCCAAGCAUGGAAUGACUGAUAGUUGUUAUUCCGACUGGCUAAUGUUGUUUGGGUCCUUGUUACCGGAUGGGAAUGAGGUACCUAACAAUUUAAAUGAGGCAAAGAAAACACUUUCAGUAUUAGGGAUGGGGUAUGAAAAAAUUCAUGCAUGUCCAAACGACUGUAUUUUGUACAAAGGGGACCAUCAUGAAGCUGAGAUCUGCCCAGAAUGUAGUACAUCACGGUAUAAGAUUGGAAAGAACGGAGUUGUGAGGGACAGGGUUCUUGCAAAGGUUUUGUGGUACUUCCCUAUAAUACCGAGAUUCAAAAAGAUGUUCCAGUCAACAAAGACAGCGAAGGCCUUGACUUGGCAUGCCGAUAGGAAAAAAGAUGCCAUGAUGCGGCAUCCAGCUGAUUCACCAACCUGGAAAUUGAUCGACACAAAGUGGCCAGAAUUUGGGAAAGAAAAUAGGAACCUUCGCUUAGCCCUUUCUUCUGAUGGAUUCAAUCCUCACGCUGCUUUAACCAGCAAAUACUCUUGUUGGCCGGUUAUUCUGGUCAUUUAUAAUCUUCCUCCUUGGUUAUGCAUGAAGAGGAAGUUCCUGAUGUUGUCUUUGUUAAUAUCAGGACCGAAACAGCCCGGGAAAGAUAUCGAUGUCUAUCUACAACCGUUAAUAGAUGAUCUGAAGUUAAUGUGGCUAGGUAUUUUCGGUGUGUAUGACGCUAUAAGAGGAGAAUAUUUUACACUGAGGGGUGUCCUAUUUUGGACCAUAAAUGACUUGCCUGCGUAUGGGAACCUCUCGGGUAGUGUCACCAAAGGAUAUAAUGAUUGUCCUGUUUGUGUUGAUAAAACCAAACCCUAG